AUGGCUGCCAUUCACUGGCCAACAGCCGAAACGAAGACGUGCGGAACUAGCUUGCAUUGCGUGCCACAGCAAGAAGGUAGGCUUCUAGCGAAACUCAAGACAAGGCCCUCUCGACGAGGUCGACCAUCCAGCACCACUAUUACCCGCCCUUUGACCCCACCGGAUAGCAAUGCCAGCGAUCGGGUCAGACCUUCUCGUCCAAGGCAAAGCAAAACACCGAAUGCAGCAGGGCAAACCGACUCUGAAUGUUUCUCGAAUGAAUUCGGUCUGCAGCAGCAUGGUAGCCCGGAUGGGUUUCCUACGGGUGAUCUAUAUCAACAGUCCAUAUCGAGUGCAUUAUCUAGGGGUGCUGAUUUCGAAAGUUGGUCACCAUCUAUGAGUUACCUACCUUCCGGUCAACCGGCUCUAAAGGCAACCACCAUAUCAAUCCCAAGUGCGACCAGUGAUUCGCCAGCAACACAGCGAACUGAAGACCACUCCGAGCAUAAUGACAGUUACCCAGUCGGGCAUGUCUUUCUCCCGGAGCUCCAGACAAAUGCACGAGAUCAGGAACGGUUGCUCGCCGAGAAACUCCCAGUGAUUCCAAGUCUUCCAGAUCCAGGUCUGCAGCAAACAUUUUCGGAGACCUAUUUCGACUACUGCUAUACCUGGUGCCCAGUCCUCGAUCGGGAUACCCUAUCUGAUGAGCUCGCAAUGUCACCCCUGCUUGUAAAUUCACUAGCCAUGGUCGGUAGCCACAUCAAACCUCCGAUGAUCCCUCAUGAUGGGCCAGCCACUUACUAUGAUCGAGCUCGCAGUCGAUUUUACGAUGAUGAGGAGCCGGAUGUGAUGACCUCGCUCAAGGCAAUCUCUCUUUUCUACUGGUGGAGUCCCCGGCCACCUACAAUUCUCCACCGGCAUUCUUCAUGGUGGUGGACCUCUGUGGUUAUUCGACACUGUCAACAGCUUGGUGUGCACCGUGAGCCCAAACCUGAUCAUCCGCUCCGACAGCAAAUUGAUUUAAGUCUUCGGCGACGGAUAUGGUGGACCGCAUUUGCACGCGAACGUCUUACUGCUCUCUGUCAGAAUAAGCCAUGCGUUAUCGAUCCAGAAGACUGCACCCUCACAGAACCUACCUUAGGGGACUUCUCAAGUACGAUGGAUCACCCAAAGGCAGAAGUAUUCAUAUAUUGGGUACGACUGUGUGCUAUCAUAGGAAAGGUUGCGAAAUAUCUUUCCAGAAAUUGUAAUUCGGAAUCUUUCGCAUUCCCUACACAUCUAGCCCGUGAACUUAUUAGCUGGGUACAGUCCUUGCCACCACACAUGCAACUUCCUAUCGGUUCAGACCGUACCUCCGCCUUCAACCGAGAUGUUCAUCAACUUCAUCUUCCGUACCUUGCUGUGAUAAUCAUCAUCCACCUCAAGCGCUCGUCUUCCUCGCAGCCUCUUCCACAGGCAUAUCCACCUGCUAUAUUAGCAGCAACAUGCAUGGCUCGUAUCAUGCGAGACAUUCUCUCCCGAGGCGGUACGAGGUUUCUCAUGGCUAUCACGGGAUGGUACUGUGGUACGGCUUUCAUCGCCUUGCUCCAAGCUUUGCGUAUUGAUGGUCUGGCGAAAAGUGCAAAUGAGGACCUAGACAUCUUAACACUAGCAGUACAUCAGCUAGGAGUGAUGUGGCCCACAGCUGCUGUCUUUCAUUCAGGCUUUGGUCGUCUACGACCGAGUGCACCGGCGACAGAUUCGGAUUCACAGCGGGCACCUGGCCCGGAGCUCGGUAUGGGUGACGGGACUGCGUACAUGGAAAUUACAGGCGGUAUUGACUGGACGACAUAUUUCCCAUUCGCCACGCCUCAUACCAGCGGAGUCGCUAGCAGGCUUUUGAUUCCACAUACGGAGGAGCUAUUCUUUGAUGAUGAUAUUUUUGCCGACGCAAUGCUUCAAUUUCAAGAUCUAUUCGAGCCUUGCGACACUCUCACUGAAACAAACUUAUUUAUGUGA